AUGAGUAAUCUAACUGCCGUGGCGUCACCACAGCUGGCCGCUGUCCAAGCUCUAAGCGGAGUAAUGACUAACCAGUUUCCUCUGGGAGGGAGGAAACAGUUAAAAUCUUGCAGCAGCUGCAAUCACCUGGGCGUGGCUCUCUUGUCUGACUUUGGCUUCAAGGAUCCUGGGCCUAGGAGCAGAAGCAGGAAAGCUCGGGCCGCCGGCCGCUGUGCAUUCCGGAUGGCCGAGUUGGACCUGAUGGCCCCAGGGCCACUGCCCGGGAUCGCAGCUCACUCCCUGGUCACUCUCAGUCCAGACUCUGGGUCAGCCAGCCCAGCAGAAGAGGAUAAGGAGAGCCCCCAGGGAGAGCUGGAGAGGUCGGGCGCUGGCUCCCAGGAUGGUGGCGGUGGUGAGGAGGAGAUCCCCUGUGACUUCUGCCUGGGGACCCAGAGGGUGAGGGCGGUGAAGUCCUGCCUGACUUGCAUGCUGAACUACUGUGAGGAGCACCUGAGGCCACACCAGGAGAACAGCAAGCUGCACAGCCACCAGCUGACCGAGCCGGUGAAGGACCGGGACCUGCCCAUCUGCCCUGCCCACCACAGCCCGUUGGUCGCCUUCUGCCGCCUGGAUCGGCAGUGCAUCUGCCAGGAGUGUGGCCAGGACCAGCACAAGGGCCAUGCCUCAGUCUCCUUGAAUGUUGCCCGCAGGGACAAGGAGGCUGAGCUUCGGAGCACCCAGCUAGACCUGGAGCGGAAACUCAAGUUGAAUGAAAAUGCCAUUGCCAGGCUCCAAGCCAAUCAUAAAUCCGUUUUGGUGUCAGUGUCAGAGGUGAAGAUGGUGGCUGAGGAGCAGUUUGGGGAGCUCCUUGCUGCCGUGAGGAAGGCCCAGGCCGACGUGAUGCUCUUUCUGGAGGAGAAGGAGCAAGCCGCUCUGAGCCAGGCCAAUGGCAUCAAGACGCACCUGGAGCACAGCAGCGCGGAGAUGGAGAAGAGCAGGCAGGAGCUGGGCAGGAUCGCUGCCAUCAGCAACACCGUGCUGUUCCUGGAGGAGUACUGCAAGUUUAAGAAGACCGAGGACAGUGCUUUCCCUAGCGUCUACAUAGGCCUCAAGGACAAGCUCUCGGGCAUCCGCAAGGUCAUCACGGACUCCACCGCGCACCUAGUCCAGUUGCUGCACAACUAUAAGGAAAAGCUUCAGGAGUUCGCGAAGGACGAGGAAUAUGACAUCAGAACUCAAGUGUCAGCUGUGGUGGAGCUCAAGUAUCGGACCUCAAAACCUGAGCCCAGCACCAGGCAACAGUUCCUCCAAUAUGCCUGUGACAUCGCAUUUGACCCUGACACGGCACACAGGUAUCUCCGGCUGCAGGAGGACAACCGCAAAGUCACCAACACGACACCCUGGGAGCAUCCCUACCCGGACCUCCCCAGCAGGUUCCUGCACUGGCGGCAGGUGCUGUCCCAGCAGAGCCUGUACCUGCACAGGUACUAUUUUGAGGUAGAGAUCUCCGGGACAGGAACCUACGUUGGCCUGACCUGCAAAGGCAUUGACCGGAAAGGGGAGGAGCGCAACAGCUGUAUAUCAGGAAACAACUUCUCCUGGAGCCUGCACUGGAACGGGAAGGAGUUCUCGGCCUGGCACAGCGACACGGAGACCCCGCUCAAAGCCAGCCCUUUCCGGAGGCUGGGCAUCUACGUCAACUUCCCAGGAGGGAUGCUCUCCUUCUACGGUGUGGCGCCCGACGCCAUGACUCUGGUUCACAGGUUUGACUGCAAUUUCUCGGAGCCAGUCUACCCAGCCUUCUGGCUCUCCAAGAAGGAAGACACCGUCCGCAUUGUGGAUCUGGGAGAGGAGCCUGAGAAGUCUGCACCGGCCGCCGUGGAGGCUGCUGCUUAG